AUGGAUGAAAAAUCGUCUGAGGGUGCUCCUCACUAUGAGCAUGGAAUCCCCGCUAAGAAAGAGCAGGAUGAGGCGGCCAAUCCUGAUACACCUGAGCGUCGUCGGGCUAUCGGAAUCAACGUCGUUGAGAAUCCGUUGACGCGCAGCUCCAAGGAGCAAGCUAUUGUCGAUGCCCGAGCAUACGCCGAGUGGCAUAAUAUGAGCGAGUACGCCGAUCUAUUUGGCAGGGCUGCUGUAGUUGCGCGGAGCCCUAAGGAAUUUCCCUCGGCCCCUGAGCUUGAUGAAGAGGAACGCACCGCACUCGCAUACGAGAGGGACCAUAAAUGGCACGGUCCCUUUAUGCUCUGGUAUUCAAUUGGGCUGUGUGCUAUUGGAGCUGCCACACAAGGAUGGGAUCAGACUGGAUCCAACGGCGCCAACUUGUCUUUUCCGGAGGAGUUCGGUAUUGCGAGUAAAGGAAAAGAUGAAUGGAUUGUGGGAAUCGUCAACUCGAUUAUUUUCUUGACUGCUGGUCUUAUUGGUGCUUGGAUAGUCGAUCCGCUUAAUCACUACUUGGGCCGACGUGGUGAGAUUUUCGUUACUGCUCUCUGUCUCACUGCCACACCAAUCGGCUCUGGUUUCUCAAAGUCGUGGCAAGGGCUCUUUGCUGCGCGCUUUGUGAUGGGCAUCGGAAUUGGCGCAAAGAACGCCACGGUGCCCAUUUACUCAGCAGAGAUGGCACCGGCUAGAACCAGAGGAAUUUUCUUGGGCUUUGCUGCCAACGUCAUUGUCAAAGAUGUCAAAGAUAUUGCUUGGCGUCUUCAACUCGGUUCCGCGUUUAUUCCAUCUUUCAUCCUCAGCAUUGGAAUUUUUUUCUGUCCCGAGUCUCCUCGCUGGCUCAUGAAGCACAACAGACACGCCGAAGGAUUUCAGUCAAUGUUGCGCUUACGAGCUCAUCCAAUUAUCGCAGCGAGAGAUUUCUAUUAUUCAUACAUUAUCUAUGAAGAGGAACUCAAGGAGGCCCGAGGCGCAGGCUAUUUCUCCCGUUUGUGGGACUGUUUCGCCGUUCCGAGAAUUAGACGGGCUAACUAUGGCGCCUCCACGGUUAUGAUUGCGCAGCAAAUGUGCGGUAUCAACAUCAUUUCGUUCUACAGCUCAACGAUCUUUCGGGAUGUCGGCUACACAGAAGACCAGGCCUUGUAUGCGUCUCUUGGAUACGGUGCUAUCCAGGUCGUGGCCACAAUCCCUACUUUGUUCCUAAUCGACACCAAAGGCCGAAGAAGUCUGACUUUGAUUACAUUCCCCUUCAUGUGCAUCUUUCUACUAGCCGGUGGUCUCUCGCUUUUGAACAAGACAGAAAACCAUGCUGCAAUGAUUGCACCAGUUGCCUUGUAA